AUGGAUUCAGCAGCCCUCAGGGUAGUCUUUGACCACAGGAUAGAGAAGCUAACACUGCCAUCUGGAAUACCAGAACUUCUUCACUCCACGAAUCAAAUUCAACACAGAUCCACCAUAAAGGUUGUGACAGUCGCACCAAUAGUUCUUACUUUGUUUCCACCCAACGAAAGUUUCACUGGCUGUGAUAUUACAGAUCAAUCCCUUGAUACUACCUCCUCCACACGUACUACCAUACAGCACUCCUCUGACACAUCAGAUUCCUCUGCAAGCACAGUCAUCCUGUCUCAGAAUAACAGCCCAGAAAGGAAACCAUGGCCAAAAGAAUUCAUCAUUCCACACUUCUCUGUUGAGACUGAAAUGGUUCUUGAAAGAGCCAAUGAACUUUACAGAAAAGAUGGGACAGUGCUAACUACCCCAAAAGUCAAGUCAGACAUACUCGAAAAGCUGGCUCAGUCCAUUUACACAUACAGUGCAUAUCCAUCCACCCUUCAGAUUCUUUCCGUUGCUGAAGCACUUAUAAAGGCGCACCCAUGUCUGAAGGAUCGAGGGAGCUUUUCAGGCUUUUAUGCAUGGCAGACAAGCAUUAAAUAUAAAAUGGCUAACUAUCGAACGAAACUCAGAGGUUUUGGCAUUUCUGAGGUCACAUGCAACGCUCUAAAACACAAACAUCCAGAUGACAGGAAGUCUGCGAAAAAUGUUAAAAGGCCAAGAAGAGCUGAAGUCAACUACCUCCCAUCGUACCCAGUGGGUGAAGAUGAGAAGACUUUGGAAAAAGAACGAGAAGAGCUGGUGUCAGAAUUUAAGAAGAAAAACAAUGAAAGGAUGAUAAAGGAGAAGAUGAACAAAACAUUUGCACAUCGUCGACACGAAAUCAUUAAUCAAUGUCCAAGUGUUCAAAACACAAAGGAACGAUGGCCAGCCCUGUUUCAACCUUCUCAAGUGAUUGCUGAAUUUCAACGAAUAACCACUGUGCAGCUGGAAGCUAAAUUAAUGUCCUCAUUGGAUCUUCACACUCCCAAGCUGCUGACACUGUUUCGUGGCAAAGGAGGAGCACUUGGAGAAAGACUGAAAACUGAGAUGGAACUACUGAAGGAUGAGCAGUGUUCUGUUGAUAUGACAAGAGAGGUGGUCAUCCACUGCAUUAUAGAAUUCCUUGGGGAACAUGCAGGAGACCUCAUCAAAGAAUUCAAAAGAGGCCAUGAUAUCGUUGAUUGGAUUUUCUGA